CUGGAAGGUUCCCUUUGACUCUGGCUCUGACUCAACCGCCGAAGGAAUGCCGAAGACAAGCACCAAAUAUGAAACAGGGUAGCUCGGAUUGGAAGAAAAGCUGCGAGGAGGGACGAUCCCUGGCAGGUUAUGGACCAAUCAGAGGAGAGCACAAGCAAGGGUCGUCCCAGAAGCACAGUGUCUAUCCAUCACCGCCAUGGGGAAGGAUUACUACAAGAUACUGGGCAUCCAGUCAGGCUCUAAUGAAGAUGAGAUUAAAAAAGCCUACAGGAAAAUGGCACUCAAGUUCCACCCCGACAAGAACAAGGAGCCUGACGCCGAAGAUAAAUUCAAGGAGAUCGCUGAGGCCUACGAAGUGCUGAGUGAUCCUAAGAAGAGGACCAUUUAUGAUCAGUAUGGCGAAGAAGGUCUGAAGGCCGGAGGAGGGGGGUCAUCAGGGGGUCAGGGAAACGCCUAUCACUACACGUUCCAUGGAGACCCUCAUGCUACCUUUGCCUCCUUCUUUGGGGGCUCCAACCCUUUCGACAUCUUCUUUGGGGCUGGGCGCUCGAGGGGCACCACCAACGGCUUCGACCACGGGGAUCAGGAUCUGGACAUCGACAUGGAGGGAGACGACGACCCCUUCAGUGCCUUCAGCCGCUUCGGCUUCAACGGCAUCAAUGGAUUCCACCACGCCGGGGGCAGGAGGCAUCACUCAGAGUCCCUGCAUAGCCGCCGCAAGGUGCAAGACCCGCCCGUGGUGCACGAGCUGCGCGUCUCCCUGGAAGAGAUCUUCCACGGCUGCACCAAGCGCAUGAAGAUCACCCGGCGCCGCCUCAAUCCCGACGGCAGGACUAUUCGCACUGAGGACAAGAUCCUCAACAUCGUCAUCAAGAGGGGCUGGAAGGAAGGCACCAAGAUCACCUUCCCGAAGGAGGGGGACGAGACGCCCGAUAACAUCCCUGCCGAUAUCGCCUUCCUGCUCAAGGACAAGGCCCACCCGCACUUCAAGAGGGAUGGCUCCAACAUUGUCUACACUGCCAAGAUCAGUCUUAAAGAGGCUCUGUGUGGUUGCACAGUCAACAUUCCUACCAUCGACAAUCGAGUGAUUCCUCUGCCUUGCAGUGACAUCAUCAAGCCAGGCACAGUGAAGAGACUGAGAGGAGAGGGCCUGCCCUUUCCCAAGUCCCCAACACAGCGUGGGGACUUAAUAGUGGAGUUCCAGGUGCGCUUCCCUGACAGAAUACCGCCACAGUCCAGAGAAAUCCUCAAACAGCAUCUGCCCCUGUCCUAGGACCCAGGACGGAAAGGGAAGGGGAAUCAUUGGGCUUUCUUUUCUUUUUAUCAUUUUUUUAUUACUCACAGACACUUAUUUCAGAAGAAAGAAAAAAAAUGUGCCACAAAGAACUGCAAGAGUUAAUUUUGUUAUCUUUUUAUGUAAAGAUGUAUUCAUUUUUGUAAAUUAUAAUAUUUUACGUUUUUUUUUUAAUACAAGUGGGGGGGGGGGACUGUUUGUGAGGUUGAUCAGCACCAUGCAACCUCAGAAAGGUUCAGCAGUGGAAUUUUUCUUCUACCUGCAAUGCUUGUGCUAAUGGGACAUGUUUUUCUAGUUGUUCUCUCUUUUGUAAGGACAAGUUGAGGACUUUUUAGGGGGAUGGAAAAGAAUAUAGUUCUUUAUUGUAAAGAACUUAGAUUUCUUUGAAUUUUACAAAGGGAACUUGGAUUUUAUACUUUACAGAGAGAAGACCAGGGGACUAAGUUAACUUCCUUCGUGGCCUUUGUUUUUCCAGCUAAGCUAAUUCAGCUGUUUUAUGAUGUGAAUGAGCUCUGAAUGUCAAAUAAAAUAAAAUCCUUCUUUAAACCUUUGGGAACCGGGUCAUUUAACAGUAGAAAGGUACUAUUCUUGUGACAAUGAUAGAGAUUAAUAAUUUCAGCUGUUUUUAGGCAUGGCACGUGAAGUUAUCUUGUAUGAAAUAUUUGGUUAUGGGGUCAUUUUACAGUAAAAGGCUACUGUUCCGGAGAUGAACAAUGUCAAAACCAUAUUGGCAGAAUACAAACCUGUCACACACUAGUUAAUACAGACACAAAGGCUGUGUCUUAAAGGUGCUUUUUGCCUGUGACCUUGGUAUGUUAAAGAAUGACUUAAAGUUGUUCUCAACUGCCUUAAACUUUUUUCAGGAUUUUACACUAGGUGCCCAAAUCACAGAGGGAUUCUGAGUGCCUUACUUAGGCUCUAACCAGCAGCCUUACAUACAGCAGUUAGGCUUUGUGUAUGUAAUACACACAAGAUUUUAAAAUACUAAAAUACAGGACACAGAAGUAACAAGUAAUGAUUAGUUAACAUUUGAAAUGUAGUUAAAUGGUGAUAUUUCAAUUCACAAGCGCAAAAUAGUGGCUUUUUACUGUACACUGGCCCUGAAUGUGGACUGUGUACAUGAUGAAUUGAGUAGGGGUGAGAAUAUCUAUAAUAAUGUGCAUUAUGACACAGGGAAUACAUCAGAUAAAACUAACUCCUCUUUUGUUACAAAUGUUUAUAAAAUACUUAAGGUGAAGUGAAAUUGUUCACUUUAAUUAUAAAAAGUUAUUCAUUCAUAUUCAUAUACUUUUCCACAUAAUUAAGACAAAGGUACCCGGCCAUGUUGUUGAAGGGGAUACUCUGGCUUCUUUGGAGAAAUAGCUGGAGGAGAUCUGCUAAACAUUUAACUGCUAACAAGCAAUGAGCUGGAUGGGCUACAUGGCUUUUAUAAAAACAUAUUUGUUAUAUUUAUGUUUUUAUAUUAGUCCAGACAUAGUACUGUAUGUUGUCAGUAUAAUUUCUGCUCUCUUGAAACUAGGAUUUCAGAUUUUACUAUAAACAAUUUUGGAGCUAUUGUUUGGGAAAAUGGUUUGUAAUAAGAUAUUACACAACAUUAGAAAUACUUCAUUUAAGUUAAUGCUGAUUAAGUCUCCUGUAUUUUUCCCAUAAUAUUGUACUAAUGUGCUCAAAAAGAUGCCAUUUGUAUACAGUAAUACUUGAUCAAGAAGUAAUUAUUCUUGUUCUUAUUCAAGAAUAGUAAUUAUAUAUAAAACUAGAUUUAAAAAAAAGUUACUUUAACAUUAUGAAAUUUAAAAUACAUUUACGCCACACAUGCACAAUUCCUGGACAAAAUCAUUUGUCUGUGCAUGUACCCUAAAACGAUUUAUUGCUUAACAAUAUCAGUAGUAUUUUAAUGUCAACAUUUUCCCCCAAAAUCCAUCCCAUUCAAUUUUUGAAUGACAAAGUAUCAUACAUUUAACUAGUUAGUAUCAUAAUACAUACUAUAGCAUUAUAUUACUUAAAUCACUUUCCAUAGUGGACACAGAAAUACCAUCGUUUUCUGUGUUGUACAGGAUACAUUUACAGUACUAUCAGCAUUUAACAUAAAAAA